AUGGCAGUCUGGCGUAGUGGAUUGGGCUCUUCUUCGCCUCUUGAAUCGGAGGAACUAGGCGCCUAUUCAUUAGGCGGUCGAAUGACGACAGGCCCAACUUCACGCCGUACGAAUGCCUCUGGCUCAUUCGCACCGUCUCCACCUCGAGUCUAUUCUCCCGUCCCCGUGCCGGCACCGUCUAUACCCACGCAGCCCGCUCGCUCUCUGUACUUACCACCGCCACCUCUCUACACUCUGCCCACCAUGGCCUCUCGGCAGCGGUCAUCUUUGUCGAUGUCUUCCAGACGGCCCCGAAGUCAUCGCCAGGCAAAACAUAAGGCAUCCGACCUACCAGACCUGCUGGCCUCUCAUCAUCCUCCGACAAAGUCCUCCAACAGAUGGGCAACUCGGAAUCCUGUCGAAAUUCCCGUCUCGACGAGUCCCACCCAGAAAUACAGCGCCCAGUUGCCCCAACCGAUCGGCUUAAGUGUUGGUAUCGCGCGUCUGGACACCAACACCUCGCGCCUGGCCUGCAUGACUCGGAAGUUUGCUGAAGAGCGACAACAGUUGGAGGCCUGUCUGAACGUGUUUUCUAGUGGACUUUUAUCCGUGGAAGGGAGAACCCCAACGACGAACCCAUCCGACGGUUCACGGCAUGAUACUAUUCACUUAAACGAAGUUGAUUAUGGCUAA